AUGGCAUUUAUGUUCAAUGUAUUACUACUACCAUUGGUUGUAACGUUUUUAACAUUCAUUCCAACUGUAGAAGCAAAAAAACGAGUUAUAACACAUAAAGUAUAUUUCGAUAUUAAUCAUGGGGAAGAUCAUAUCGGACGUAUCGAAUUUGGACUUUUUGGAGUUGUAGUACCUAAGACAGUUGAGAAUUUCUAUGAAUUAACAAUAUCGGAAGAUCCCAAGAUGGGGUAUGUUGAUUCAAUAUUCCAUCGAGUAAUUCCAGAUCUCAUGAUACAAGGUGGCGAUUUUACUAAUAGAGAUGGUACAGGUGGUGAAUCAAUUUUUGGAUCUACUUUUGAAGAUGAAAAUUUUGAAAUUACGCACGACGAAGCAGGGCUCCUAUCAAUGGCGAACAGAGGUGAGGAUACAAAUGGAUCACAAUUCUUUAUCACAUUGUCUCCAACACCAUGGUUAAACAAUAAACAUGUUGUGUUUGGUAAAGUUAUCAAUGGAAUGGAAGUGGUGGAGUAUAUUGCUAGAGUGGAUAGAGACAUGAAAACAAAUAAACCGCUAAAAGAUGUCACGAUUGUUGAAUGCGGUGAAUUAGAAACGGUCCCACUAAAACAAGACGAUGCUAAAGAAUUACAUUCUGUUUUAGAAGAGGAGGCAGCAAAGGAACAACAACGUCAAAAACAUGAUGAGCUAUAG